GAGUUUGGUGAGUAUAAAAUGUAAAUAAAUAACAAAGAAAGUUGAUAGCUAGUAGAACGUGCUUUUAAAUCACAUUUUCUCCAAAAGUUUGCAAUGAAUAUUGACGCAAAUGUUAUUUGUCGUAUUUGUCUACAAUCUGAGAGGCUUUUUCAUUCAAUAUUCGAGGAAUUGCAAUCACUCUUGCUCGUAGAUAUCGUGACACAAAUCGCCAACAUUUCUAUUAAUAAGGAUGAUAAACUGCCUCAACAAAUCUGCCACGACUGUACGACAAAGUUUAUUGCUGCUAGUGAUAUUCGGCGUCUAGCUAUUGAAUCGGAUUGUUUUUUGAAGGAAAAUUUAAGGACAUUAUUUAAAGAGCCACAAGAAGAUGGAUCUGAAAUUUCAUUACAAAAAUCUCCAUCCUGGGCAGAUGAACAGCAGGAGUUGAAAAAGACAAGAAACGCAGAGAUUGCAGAGGCAGAAAGGAACCAAAUAAGUUGUGAUGGAAGCAAAGAAGACGAAGAUCACGAGGAAGCUUUGGAGGAAUUUUCCUGUGAAACUUGUGGAAAAGUUUUUCAGAGUCACCUAUCAAUGAGACGACAUACAAAAUACCAUCUGUUGGAUCGCAUAAAAUGCCCACUGUGUCCUCGCAAUUUCUCACAAAUGAGCAAUCUCAAGCGACACUUGAUUGUACACAGCGACAUGAAGGAGUUUCAUUGCGACAGGUGUUCUGAGCUCUUUGGCAGUAUUUCAGCUCUCUAUGAGCACAUUAAGAAUCACAUAAAUACCCCUGAUUCCACUCCCAGUGACUAUGUGAUGCGAUGCGAAGUUUGCCGGGAUUUUAGCACAGCAUCGUAUGUUGAAUUCAGGAAUCACAUGAGGAGGGAGCAUCAAGUAUCAGGAACAAUCCGUCCAUUCAUCUGCUGCAUAUGUGGGAUUCGCUUCACGUCCAAGCAGGGAAUGUUUCGGCACAUUGACAAUAUUCAUGAGAAUAAUCGUCGAAAUUUGCGGAAUCGCGACAAGAACUUUCUAUGCACGACGUGUGGGAAGAGUUUCUACACCAACUUCCACCUUGAGGUGCACGUAAGGAGUCACACAGGACAACGUCCCUUUAAGUGCCAACAUCCGGAUUGCCAUAGAGCUUUUUCACAACUUUCGGGGCUUAAAAUGCACACCUACACGCACACGGGUGAGAAGCCUUUUUGCUGCAAAAUCUGCGGGAAGUCUUUCAAUCAGUAUGGGCAUGUGCGGGAGCACAUGCUAAUCCAUUCAGAUAUCAGACCACAUGUGUGCAAAAUUUGCAAUCAUUCAUUUCGUGUUAAAGGGAACCUAACUGCACAUAUGAUGAUCCAUAGUGGCAAAAAACCAUACAUAUGUUCGCUUUGCUUUAAAUCAUUCGCCCAGGGCUCCAAGCUACGGCAACAUAUGGAUAAGAAGCAUCCCAAUUGAAGUUUGGAUGUUUCAUAGUGAUUUAAUACUAAAUCUGAGAUUUAAGUAUCCUAAUAUCUUGUUAAAAACUAAAUGAGCUAUAAAAAUUUAAAUAUUUCUAUUU